CCAAAAUAAAUACAUAAAUAAUGAAAUUUUACGUUAGUCGAACUAGUGAUAAGACGUAGUUGAUUUACAAGUAUAGGAACAAGCGCGUCAUGCGCAGUUGAAUUGAAAUCCUACACGAGUCGCGUAGCUUUGGUCGUAAUAAACAAUACAAAUCAAAUCAAACCAAGCUAGUGCGAGAGGAAGUAACAAUUAAUGUGUCACGGUCAGCUGAAAGGACUCUCGUGUUUUGUGCAAAUUCACACUCUGCUGGGAAACGUACGGAGGUUACAAAGAUGCGCUAUUUUUAACGCGACGACGCACGAUUUUAUCGCUCAGUAAUUGAACGAAUCGCGCCGCCUCAAAAAGCCAAAACUUCAAAAUGGUGGAACCUAUUUUUGAUUAUCAAUUCCGAUUGAUUCUCAUCGGAGACAGUACGGUUGGAAAAAGUUCGUUGCUCAAAUAUUUUACCGAUGGUAAAUUCGCCGAGCUAUCGGACCCAACAGUUGGAGUAGACUUUUUUGCCAGAUUAAUCGAGGUCAAAGAUGGGACCAGGAUUAAACUACAGCUCUGGGACACAGCAGGCCAAGAAAGAUUUAGGUCCAUAACGAAGUCUUACUACAGAAAUUCAGUCGGAGCACUUCUAGUUUACGAUGUAUGUAAUAGAGCGAGUUUUGAGCACAUACCGCAAUGGAUGAUGGAAGCACGGAGGCAUAUCGAGCCUCAUCGUCCCGUUUUUGCAUUGGUAGGAUGUAAGGUAGAUUUAGUGAGCAAUGGAGGCAGAAGAGAGGUUUCGAAGGAGGAAGCAAGGGCGUUUGCCGAUCAGCACGGAGUUCACCACAUUGAGACUAGCGCCAAGACAGGAAUAAAUGUUGAAGAUGCUUUUAAAACGGUGACACAGGAAGUAUACAACAGAAUACAAACUGGUGAGUAUAAGUUGGAGGAUGGAUGGGACGGCAUCAAAACCGGAUUUGCCAGACCCGGAGGGUUGGAUUUCAAUUUAAUUGAAGCCGAACCGGCAAAAAGUUCUUGCUGCUAAUAAUAGCCGCAGUUUAUUAUUACCCCAAAUUUAUAUUAGAGGUAAAAACUUUUUAGGAUCAUAACACUUAGGCGCUGUUAGCGACAGUUGAGAUGAGGCCGAAAGAUAUAUCUUUUUUGUUCUAUUUCUUGUUCAAAGACUUGACGUGAAAUUGAUCAAACCUUAUACAUCCAUAUUC